AUGUGGAGGCGACUAGGAAAUGGAUGGUUCACGUAUUGCAUAUUCAUCAAAGGACAUCCGCUUCGAUAACUCAAACGAACUCGAUGAAGCUGAAGAGCAAAGCGAUCAGGAAUCCGAGCCCAAAGGACCUGCGGCUUCCUUUCGCAGCACACACUCGAGAGCCUACGGCUGCUGCAUUGCCAAAGAAUAUUUAUCUGAUUAUGCCAAUUUGGUGGAAUCACUGCACAUUACGCCACGUUUGAUAAUAUAUCGAGCACCUUUUAAACCAAGGUCAACUUAUGACAUAACGCUAAAAAUUCGAAACAAUGGACUGUAUCCUCGUAUGAUCAAACUUACUACGGACAGUCCCAGCGAUACUUCAAUCGUGAUACCAAAACCAGAAUUAAAUCGCUAUAUUGAAACAGACAAGGAGCUCAGUGUGAAAAUCAAAAUACGCAAUUCCACAAACAAAUCUAUUAAUCGGCGACGUCACUUAUUCGUUCACUCCUUUCAUCCGAACAUUACCUUUCAAGUGCCUAUAAUUGUAACUAAGAACAUGACUGAGCCGUCAUUUUCUGAACAUAUUACGCUGCCCUCCACCGUGCCACAGGACAGUUCUUAUUAUGAAAUGAUCCUGUACAAUCCAACCAAGGAACCUAUUGGUAUUAAGAGUAGAAAUAGCUUUAAGGGACUCAAAAUAGUUGAUUUUAACAAGAACGUAAUGGUUCCGCAAGCCUAUUACAAGUUAUUUAUCAAGUUCAUACCGUAUAAGCUGCAGGAAUACAAAGGAUUCUUUAAUUUAAAAUUUGGAAUUAGUCCCUCCAAGCUCGUGAUCUUUGAUUAUGUACCAAAGUCGAUGGCUGCUUACAUAAGUACUGGUUACAUAUCCUAUGAUAUGGCCAAAUUUGGUGAGGAAAUCAGUCGAACGAUAACCAUAUGCAACGAGUCACCAUAUACCCUCCACUUGAGCACUGAGUUCUACGCCGACUCGCCAGUCACGUCAAUAGAGAGCAUAUCAAAUGAGUCUGACUCCAUCAGCAUGCAUAGUGCUCUAUUAUUCGACUUUGAAGAUGAUGACAAUGAACGUAUUUCUUAUAGUGCUGCAGCUGCUACACAUUUUCAAUUGGAUGCACCCACAAAGAUCCAUCCAUUGGAGUCCUAUCAGACUGUCUUGGCAUUUCGGCCUAACUUGUUGACGACAUUUCCCGACGAGGCCAUUCCGCCAUUCUUUCAAUGUACGAAAAUCUCAUUGUGCUUCACCGAUAACAACGAUUGUGUCGACUCUCAUUUUAUUGUUGUUGACGGACUGAUUGCUGGCAUCGAUGUGGAGUUCUUUCCCAAGACAAUCGACAUGCGUAAUAUCUAUGUGGGCGAGGAGCACUGCGCCUUCAUUAAGGUCUUAAAUGUGGAUGUUGUGGUCGCCAAGGUCAAGUUUGAUGAGUGUUUGGAUGAGGAAACCUGUGGUUUGCGCAUAACCCCCGUCGAUGGCUUCGCUCUGAAGCCCUGCGAACGUGGCAUUUUCAAUGUAUCCUUCUUUACCCUUAAAACAUCACAUUUUCUGGUCAACUUGCGCUUUAAGGUGAUCAACGGAUUGAUUCAUAAUGUACAGAUUAAGGGCACUGGCCAACAUAUUCAGCUGCGCACAUUUCCGGAACUUGUGGAAUUUGGCAGCAUUCCUUUCGCUGUUCCCCAGAAACGUUUUAUGCUCCUAAUGAAUCCGCUGUCCGUGCCCAUUACUCUGCAAGUGACUGUCAACGAUGAUGGCGCGGAACAACCUUUGGUCUUCAAUAUACGCGACCCAAUCGAAAUGCUGCCCAUAACGAUUAGAGAUCCCAUCAAGCAUAUGCAAGAAACUUAUAUCGACCUUUGCGAUAACACGGAAAUAGAUCAAAAUAUUGAGUUUAACGGCAGCCAAGAUGAUUUACUAUCUGUGCACUCAGUUUCAGUUAACGAUUCCGAAUAUAGCGUUCAAUUUGAAGAGAACGUCUUAGAACCAAUUUCUGGAAUGACUAAUUAUCUGCUGCAGAACCUAAAGACGCAGAAGAUAUUUGAUAAAUCGGAAACGGAAAAGCGUGUUAUUCAGGAGGCCUUAAGAAGUCUGUUGAACAUGCAGUACUUUAGCAUUAUGAAAAAGCAUGACAAUUUCAUUUUCCUGGACUGGAAUGCAGUACCAAGUGAUCCCAAAGAAAUAUAUUGCGAUACUGAGAUUAUCAAUCUGAGACCCAAUACGGGUCGCAGCAUAUCCAUAUUAAUAAUACCAAAUCGAGUGGGCUACUAUCAUCGAUCGCUAACGGUGCGUGUAUGUCCGGUAAUACCACAAGGUAGUUCUGAAUGCAGUGAAGCUUCGGAAACCAAGACCCUGAUUGAGUCGCAUUUCCUUUGCUCAAAGCUGUGGUACGAAUAUAAUUGCUGCACUCCUGAGAUCGACUGGAUUAACUAUGUCGAUCUGACCGAUCGCAUUACCUUUGCGGGUGAGGAAUAUGAAUUUGAAGUGGGUUUUGACAAUAAAUCCUAUGUUGCUGGAUUUAUACACUUUGAUGUUAUUCCAAAUGAAAUGUCAUUUCGCGAUAACAUCUGGAAAUUCUAUAUUGCAGGCAACUCCAAAGUGGUUGCCAAAUGCGUGGUCGCGUUCCGUGACCUGGGGAGAAGUAAAGUCUCAGGUCUGUUGAGAAUCGUCGGUGAUCCACAUCCUUAUCCAUUUCAUUUGCUUGCGAAUGUUUUGCCCUCGGAAAUAUGCAUUACACCAAAAUCAGUCCACAUCCGUAUACAGGUCUAUGAACCGAACAAAUUACAUUUUUAUAUUGACAAUUGUUCGCCAACAAAAACGUUGCUUUCUAUGAAAUUGAAAGACAUCGAAUUUCAGUAUCUGACAACGAGGGGCGGUAAAUUAUCACCAACCGGGCAGAGCAUGUACACGACCCUUGUGUCCUUGUUUCCCGAUCCGGGCGUAUUUCAUAACACUCUUUAUAUAGAUCUGCAGUAUAACAAAGUGAUGGAAAUACCCAUUGAAUUUUUGGUUGAGGGAGUGCCGCUCUACUUCGAGCCAAACAUUAGAGAGGGCUUCGAUGCGGGCCAGCUUUUCGUGGAUACAAAAGAACAUUUCACUGCACAUAUCUUCAAAUAUAGCUUCCCGGUAAGGGUAGUAAACCGAGGAUUUCGAAACUAUCGUCUCAACAUCUCGCGCCUCAACACUUACAAUCCUUCCCUGAAAGCGAGUUCCUGUGUGUUCCAACCACUCACGGCGCGUUUCGAUAUUACACCCAAAUUAUUGGAGGUGCCGUCGCAGGGAGAACAAACGCUGGAGAUUCUUGUGACCAGCUAUGAGGAGGGUGUCUUCUUCUGUGACUUCUUGAUGAUUGUCACGGACUUGAAGUAUCCGAAACGCAAACAAAUGAUAAGAUUUACAGUAAAGGCCAAAUUUACUGAAUGUCAGCUGGUCUGGGAUCGCAAACAGCUAACUUUCCAUUUCGAACCCAAGGAUCCGCUCAAGGAGCGUCCACAAAUGCGACGGGCCCAACUAAUCAAUCCACAUAAUUCACCCAUUCAAGAGGUAUUACUCGAAGUUGUGGGUCCAUUUCGCAUUAAAGAGCUCUACGAACAUACUUUCGAGAAGCAAAUUCAUGUUGAUAUGACUGCACUCGAGCAGAAGGAGAUAUUUGUCAAUUUGAAUAAAUCCACAAUGAAGCAACACUCCUGCAAACUUAUUGAGGGACGCAUUAAUGUCACCGCUCUGAGUACAACGCAAAAAUGUCUCAAACUACAGCUAACCGUUAAAGUGCCUGAAAUUCAUAUCCUUCAACCGGAACUGGUGCUGUUCGAUCGUGGCUAUCCCUACAAUAUGAAUGUGGCUCUUGUUAAUCAUGGUUGCACCGCAGCUAAUUUCAAGUGGAGACGCAUCGAAGAAUCACGGACUUUCAUUGGCACCGAGGAUACACCUGAUUUGGUUGCCGAUAUCCUCUCACAGAUCCUGCGCACGUUAGAAUACAAUUUCACUUGCGAGGAUGAAACGAACUUAACGCUACGUUAUCAGGAAUGCCGCUGUCAGUUCCGCAAGGAACAGGAGAAUGGCAGCGUAAUACUCGAUAUCAUCGACGAGAUCAUUAAUGAUCUCGAUCUGGCCAAACGUCGCUUCUUAAUAAGGAUGGACGAUAUGCCGAUAUCUCUGGAGGACACCGAUCGUUACAGUGAUUCCAGCUAUGUUCAUCACACGAUCGACUAUAUAUUGAACAGACUGAACAUUGAGUCCAGCCAGCAGCUAUCUGAACCCUCCUCCGAAUACUGUUUCUCCGAUCGUUUCAUUUACUUUUACGAGAAGACGGGACAGCUAGACGAACUACAGGAUCAGAAUUGUCUGCUCCAUCUGCCUCACGUGCGACAAUCUUAUGAGGUGAAGUCUCUGUUUCAGUUGGACGUGAUUGGUGGACGUAGUCAGUAUUUGGCGGUAACUCUUGUCAAUUUGAUGCAGAAAAUUAAAUUCCAAAAGGACAACAUUUACGUCAACAUUAGGCCCUGGUAUGAGACAUUCAACACAGUUGUACGCAUCUCGAAUGUGACAAGGUAUCCACUACAGUUGAUAAUCCAUGGAACUGAGCCGAAGGAUAUGCGACUAAUUGAUGGCUAUGCCAAACUCAUGCAGGAUAAUGCACUCUUUUUGGAUCCUUGGGCCACUGAAAAGAUUAAAGUCUCUGGAAUACUGGGAUUCAACGAGAAUUUCCUGCGUAGAUUCACUGUGUUCAUUAAUGACAGUGCCUACAGCAGUUUUCGUCUGCGUGGGCAGGGUAUAUUGCCCAUAUUGAAUAUAACGACGCCCCUGCCCAAGGUGGAGCAGAGCAUGACCGAGAUCAUGGAGGAGUACACAUUCAUGCGUAAAAUCUACAACUAUGAGACAUUCAAGAGCAUCACAGAGUGCGAUUCCGAGCUAGCAGCGAACGAAGAGGAGGGCGUACAGGAGCAACAGGUGACCAGUGAUUUCAGUGAGCUAUCCGAAAGUGAGGAUGAUAUGUCCAGUGAUAGACAGCGCUACCAUGACAUACAGUUCUUCAAGAUGACCAAGACCUAUGUGCUGGUCAAUAACAAUCAGGAGAUGCCCAAUGCAACUGUACUCAACCAGAUGCUAGUCACGGAGCGCUAUUUAGAGCGUCUGACCAACAAUCCUGAUCUCUACAACACACAUCAAAAGGUUUAUCAGAACUAUGUGAAUCUGAAUAAGUCUCAAGGCUACAAGCUGCCCGUUCUUGUCAAGCAUUUCACUGUACAGCCUCUACCCUGUGAACAACUCGGAUAUAUUUUAGACUUGGGUCCACUGACCCGUAAUACAAUACGGCGGUUUGAAAUGCGUUUGCAUUUCUUUGGACCCGGAAAACUAAUAGCUGCUGCCCGCACUGCUGUUCGUAUUCCAGGACUCUUUGUCGACUUUAAUGUCGAGAAUCAUCCCGACAUGAAGUUCACUUACUGGGCUGAGAAGUGCACCGAACCGGAGUUCUUCAACAAGGGCUAUCGGAAUAUGUGGGAACGUUUACUCGAUGAGGAUAACGAUCCGAAGUUGAAGCAUGCUCACUCCUUUGAUUUUGAUGAUUUCAUUAGACAUCAGCGUGCGAUCACCGAUAAGGAUCGUCGUAUGAUUGAGGAGUACUACAAUAGUUUGAAUUAUUCCGUUUAUCCGGAUCACAAACAUCACUUUACGCUGGCCAAAAUCUUUACAUCACAUCAUUCCAAUUUCUCUGACAUCGAGCUGCGCUUGGUUGGAUUCCUUAAGCCCGACUCCAAAUACUACGUGCGCGAUCAACGCAUAGUUGACUAUAUAUAUAUCGAUCUGCAUAUGGGACCAACACUGCCCGUUCUUAUCCGUGGAGUGAUCAAGGCUUAAACGACUCGAUAGUUAUAGACACUCAUUUUAUUUAACGAUAUUAAUGUGAUUAUAUAAUAAUUAAUGUAUAUGUGCAUGAAUAAAGCA